CCUCCCUGUGUUUCUCAGUUUCAGCUCUUUAGCUUCAUUUACAUUAAAGAUAUUACAGACAGGGCCGACCCACUUCAGCCAGUCAGCUGUUAAACUGAAGCUCUGCAGAUGUGAACACUUUGGGAUUAUUUUUUAAACAAAUUGAGCAGAAGGCGACUCGUUGACCACAGCCUGGCUGAUCGAUUAUUAAACGAGCCGAUCGUUCAUUAACUCUACCUCCUGUCUGGCCCCGGGUAUCUGCCUGCAGGAGGAGAGAAGGAGAGAAGGAGACAGGAGAGGAGAGGAGAGGAGAGGAGGGAGUCUGCUUCAUCGUCCCUUUGCAGGGUCACUGCGUCACCGUGACGAUGUUCCAGCGAAGGAAGAAGAAGCGCAGGCCUCAGAUCUCGCCGCCGCAGGACUUCCAACACCGUGUCCACACGUCAUUCGACGCCGCUUCAGGACGCUACGUGGGUCUGCCGCCGCAGUGGCAGAGCGUCAUCGACACGCUGAAGAGGCCACGCCCCCUGGUGGACCCCUCCAGGGUCACUGAGGUCGAACUCAGGAAGACGAUCGUGCGGGGCAGUUUCAUCGGUCACGGCGACUACAUCUCCCAGGUGAUCUCUGAGAUGAGCCGUCUGUCCGUCACCAGCUCCAACUCUCUGCGCCGCACCAGCCCGUCGGCUCGCAAACGGGCCAAGUCUCUGGGUCGGCUGGGAGAACUGCCGGAGGACGAGGCGUACCAGUACGAGGCGCUGGGUAGCCACGGCGAGGGCGGGAAGACGGGCGGGAGCUCCACCUACUGGCAGGACAGGAUCCGGCAGGUUCGCAGCGAGAGCAGCAGCCCCAAACUGAACGGGGCGCUGCAGAGAGCCAAGUCCAACUGUGAGGUGGGGACGCCGUCUGAGGCCACGCCCCCCGCACCUGAGAGGACGGUUUCGACAGGUGGACGGUAUGCCUGCAGUGAGGGGGCGGGGCUUAGACAGAGGCUGGCAGCCUGUCACUACAAGCUGCUGACAGCGGAGACCAGCAGACCUCACCUGAGACCAGAUCCAGCUGCCAGUCUCCUGCCCGACCUGCUGUCCUCCUCCAGAGAAACUCCCAGAAGGCCUCACUCCUCCUUUGACCUCAAGUCGACCCUCCCCUUCCUGCUGCCCCCCCCCAACAGCACCAGCAGUCCCAUCAUCACAGGUAGAGGGUUACCUCAGCGCCGCCCCUCCUCCAGCAUCAACAUCGGACUUCCUCCCAAAGCACAGCCCGUCCUGGACCAGUCCCGCCCCUCCCCCACAGGCUCCUCGGGACAACCCCCUCCCGGCCCGGGCCCCUCCUCCCUCACCCAGCUGACAGCGCCCGGCGGAGGCGGGCAGGUGACUCACGAGCAGUUCAAGGCAGCGCUGAAGAUGGUAGUGGACCCGGGGGACCCGAGGACGGUUCUGGAGAACUUUGUGAAGAUCGGGGAGGGGUCCACCGGUGUGGUGUGCAUUGCCCGCGAGAGGCACAGCGGGCGCCAGGUGGCCGUGAAGAUGAUGGACCUGAGGAAGCAACAGCGGCGAGAGCUGCUCUUCAACGAGGUGGUCAUCAUGAGGGACUACCGGCACCAGAACGUGGUGGAGAUGUACCGCAGCGCUCUGGUGGAGGAGGAACUCUGGGUCAUCAUGGAGUACCUGCAGGGCGGCGCUCUCACCCACAUCGUCAGCGAGACCAGGCUGAGCGAGGAGCAGACGGCGACAGUGUGCGAAGGCGUCCUGCAGGCGCUGAGCUACCUGCAUGCUCAGGGGGUCGUUCACCGGGACAUCAAGAGCGACUCCAUCCUGCUGACGCUGGACGGGAGGAUCAAACUGUCAGACUUUGGUUUCUGCGCUCAGAUCAGUAAAGACGUCCCGAAGAGGAAGUCUCUGGUCGGGACUCCGUACUGGAUGGCUCCUGAGGUCAUCAGCAAAACCCCGUACGGGACAGAGGUGGAUAUCUGGUCUCUGGGCAUCAUGGUGGUGGAGAUGGUGGACGGAGAGCCACCGUAUUUCAGCGAAACGCCCAUCACGGCCAUGAAGAAGCUGAGAGACGAAGCGGCGCCGAGCGUGAAGAACAUCCAAAAGGUGUCUCCGGUGCUGAAGGACUUCCUGGGCUGCAUGCUGACCCGUGACACGCUGCAGCGCUCCAGCGCCUCCGACUUGCUGGAGCACCCGUUCCUGCUGCAGGCCAGCUCACCGCGCUGCCUGGUGCCUCUGGUGGAGCAGCACCGCAAACGCAUGUCGGUCUGCUGAACACCUGAGACUCACCUGAGGACACGCGUGAGACAUGUGUGAGACUCACCUGAGGACAUGUGUGAGACUCACCUGAGGACAUGUGUGAGACUCACCUGAGACAUGUGUGAGACUCACCUGAGGACACCUGAGACAUGUGUGAGACUCACCUGAGGACAUGUGUGAGACUCACCUGGAAACACCUGAGAUACGUGUGAGACUCACCUGGAAAACACUUGAAAAUCACCUGGAAACACCUGAGAUACGUGUGAGACUCACCUGGAAAACACUUGAAAAUCACCUGGAAACACCUGAGAGACAUGUGAGACUCACCUGAGAGGUGAGUGGGUGGGUGACCUCAGGAGACCUGGACCCGGUCUGGACCUGGUCUGCUGGACGGUUUGUUCACCGUGAGUCAGCUCACCUGUAAACGUCUCACCUGAGGGGAGGAAGUGAUCAGAGAAAGUUCACUCUGAAGAUGGAUGUUUUAAACCAGCUGGAUCUUAUUUUGACAGUUUCGUCUCACAUUUCCUGUCAGCGAACAGACCCUGUUAACCCUUCCUGCUACGCCCGGGUUGACCUUUGACCUCCGGUGCUGCAGUUUAACAGCGGUGAUGUUAAUAUUUUAACGGUUCUUAAUGAAAAGGAACGUUUCAGAGAAACAAAGUUUACUCUUAUUGUUUUUACGUAACGUGCGUGAGUAAGUUAACUUAAGUAAUUUAUGUUCUGUGUGAGUAACGUAAACCAAACGCUUCUAAAGUCUAACAGGACGUUACAUAUUUAUUCUCUCUAACUUGACCGCGGAGCCCUCCAGGGCCAAAAACAACGCUAACCCAGGGAUUUAAAAAGCAACGCCGAGGGGUGACAAGGUGUCCACAUGAGAUGAGAACAUGUGGCUUUACUACAUUUCCUCACAGGUUGGCACCGCAGAGGAAACAUUAUCUUAUUCACAAAGGGGCGUUCAAGAGGGCCCCUCUGCAGCGUUUUCCCACCACUGAGCCCUGCGAGGGGCCGACACGUCUCCAAGACUCUAAACAUGAAAGAACCCAAAAAGAACCACGUAUCUACAGACUGACUUCUUUAUUUCAGGCACAAACUUCACACAAAUUAUUUUCCCAGGAUGCUCCUGUGUUCUAACUUUAUUUUGAAAACCUGCACGGUUUCACACAGAAUGGACUUUGCACAUGUUGAUUAAAUGUUUUUAUUUCAGAUAUUUUAUUAAACGCAGAUGUUAAUAAAACGUGACACGUG